CUCCGCUACGUAUCUAUCCUAAAUUUAAAUCGGGUACUCCCCUCAACAAUCCGCGUCCUCGUCUGGUUCCCCAUCUCUCCCGACUUCUCCGCCCGCUCCAACAGCAAACACAGAUACUACAAAUACUUCUUCACCUCUCACAGACUCGACAUAUCCCUAAUGCAAUCAGCUGCAAACAGUCUUGUCGGCGAGUACGACUUCCAAAAAUCGUACAACCUAAAUCCAGGAAAACAAAUCACCAACUUUCAGCGAUCCAUAUAUACAGGAGCAGAAAAAAAGACUCACCUGACGACAUCCUCAAACUCUUCAUCCCUCGCCCCAUAAAGUCAGGCUCGAGGUCGAGGCGCUGUUAUCAAAUUGAAUAUAAACACAACGUACUGUUAGUUAGCCUAGGAUCAUGAGAGAUUGAUUCGUUCGUUCGUGGACUUGGACAAGUCCGACAGUCAAUUCGACAUUUCCCCCGAAGGGCAUAAGGUCACGUGUUCUGACUCUUUCACUGACACCACCCAUAUGCUCGUCGAGAACGCUUUCCAGCAAACAGUCCAUCGUCUUCCCUAGUUGUUGAGAACCAGCCAAUCAUGGACUGAAGCUGAACGGAAUGCGAUCGAUGCU